UGCAAAAGCGUGUGUGGUGGUCGGUACACUUCUAUUUAUACUUGACUAUUUAUCGAGUUAUCAUCUUGCUAACAACGUAUUUUCAUUGUAAUUGACUUUGACGAUUGGAAAAAACAUGUUGAGAACCGGAGUUAGAUCAGUUUUGAGGACUCUGCAGUCGAGGACUUUUGCAAGUGCCUCUACGCAAGAACAAGCCGCCAGAUCCAGUAGUUUUAAAGUUCAAGACUCCAACGACUUCAAUGAGCGCGUCAAAAACUCAAAAGUUCCUGUAAUAGUGGACUUUUUCGCGACAUGGUGUAAUCCAUGCAGGUUAUUGACACCGAGAAUAGAACAAGUAGUUGCAGAAAAACAAGGAAAAAUUGUUUUAGCCAAAGUAGACAUAGAUGAAAACACAGAUCUUGCACUGGAUUACGAUGUCAAUUCAGUUCCAGUUCUAGUGGCUAUGAAAGAUGGGAAAGUUUUGGAAAAAAUUGUAGGAUUGCAAGACGUUGACAAAUUGAAGAAAUUUGUUGACAAAUACGCUGAAGCUUAAAUAUCUCCAAAAAUCAUGAUUGUAUAAUAAUUUAAAGCAGCACGUUUGUUGUAAAUUAAUUAGAGUUUUUAUUGUAUAGAUUAUUAAAAACUGUUAUAUACUUAAUUAUAUGACAAUGUCAUAUUUGGGUAUAUCAAAAAUGCAUUGACAUUUAUUUAUCAACUAGUUAAUGCUGUUCUAUAUACAACUUUAUGUGAUUAUAAUAAAUGUUUUUAUCGUAAAGUCAA